CGGAUAGGCGAGCAACGAGCCGCAAUUAUGGCAGCUCCCAGUAGGAAGCAGGUUUUCAAGUUUAUCAGCCAGCUGGGUGCGUUUAUUUUGACCCGGUUCGGCUUUUGGAACUGCUUCUGUAUGUUGAUGCUGUUUGCAGAGCGAGCGGACUCGAAAAGGAAGCCAGACAUCCAUGUACCGUACCUCUAUGUGGAUAUGGGGGCUGCAGUGCUCUGUGCCAGCUUCAUGUCAUUUGGGGUGAAGAGGAGAUGGUUUGCACUGGCUGCUGCCAUACAGCUAGCCAUCAGCACUUACGCAUCAUAUGUUGGAGAACAGGUGUACUACGGGGACUGGCUGAUGGUACGAAUGUAUUCCAGAGCGCUGGCUAUUAUUGGAGGCUUUCUGGUUCUGGCCAGUGGGGCGGGGGAGGUGUAUAGACAGAAACCUCGCAGCAGAUCUCUGCAGUCUACUGGACAGGUUUUCCUGGGAGUCUACCUCAUCUGUAUGGUGUACUCCCUCCAACACAGCAAAGAGGACAGGCUGGCUUAUCUGAACCACAUCGUAGGGGGAGAGAUCACUCUGAUGCUGCUGGAGGUGCUGUUUGGGGUGCUGGCUCUGGCCUUCCUGUCUGGCUGCUACAUCCGCCUGGCUGCCCAGAUCCUGGCCACUGUCCUUCCUCUGGUGAUCCUGCUCAUCGACGGUAACAUGGGCUACUGGCACCACACUCGCAAGGUGGAGUUCUGGAACCAGAUGAAGCUGAUAGGACAUAAUGUGGGCAUCUUUGGCGCUGCGCUAAUCCUAGCUACUGACGGCUGAACCCCCGGGCCCUCACAGACAACUUUUACAGACAGAGACGUCUGCGCAGGAUGACAUUGUUGGCCUUUAUUGUUGGUCACUGCCCGACUUUGUACUCAAAGCUGCUGUGGCUCAGUGACCCCUCAGGAUUUAAACUGUCCGAGCUGAGAUGUAAAGUUGGAUGUAAGCCACGUUGGUUGUCUUUUCCUACCAGUUGGCAACUUUGCUUUUCCAAGAAAAAGAAAAACCUGAGCUUCCUGUUUUUGCUAUUUGAUAAUUUAUUUGAAUUCAUGUUUACAUUUUGUCUCUGCUAUGCUCUGAAACGCGACACUAAGUAUUGUUACUGUGUAGCUACAGGAAAAAUACUUUUUAUUCCAAAAGUUAUAGUCUUAAAUAGUUAAUAGAUAAUGUUUUACAGUUUACGGUUUAAAUAUCUUACAAAUAAAGGGAAAAUUUUAUGAAUUUAUGUGGUAUUGCUUAUAAAAUGGGAUGGCUACAGUUAUGACCAUUUGGCAAUAAACACUAUUUGUUGCAUUGCUUUUAACAGGUGCAUUCACAUUACUGUAUGUGGGUUUUCAGGAAAUUUAAAAAGCACAGCUUUGUCUUCUGUGUAAAAAGUUUUUUUUCCAUUUUUAUACAUUCUUAAUAACAAUUGUGUUAACUGAUGCUGCACAAAAAACUGAAGAUUGUUGUCAGAGUUUGAGUAUUUUCAUAAUUAAAACUGAGUUGCACAGGUAGCUCACCUGGUUAGACAUGAACGAGUUAUCAAGACUGAAGCCUUCGUGCAGCGGCCUGGGUUUGAAUCUAGCCAGGGCCCUUUGCUGCAUGUCAUCCCCCUCUCUCUCCACUGCUUUUCCUGUUGCUGUCAAAAAUAAAUAAAAAGGCAGAAAUGCCAAAAGAUAUUAAAAACAAUAAAACUGAGUUGCUUUAUUUUGUGGAAAGGGGGGAAACUUUUGCCAUUACGCUGUUAAGCUGGCGCUCGUCCCUGGGAGCCUUUUCUGUUUUGCUGUAACAUGCAGCAU